AAAAGCACGCAGUCCGGUGGUGGUGUUCAUAAAAAAUUGACACGUAUGCUAUACGCAGUCCACAAAACAACAAAAUCUACCAGAAAAAUGGCCAGUAAUUCACCAAGGAGAAACGGGGAGGAUUCUCUGAAUGAAUCAUGGGUGGUCUUCAACCAAGAGGGGGGUGACAGCAGUAAUGGGAACGGCACAAACAGACCACUAUCCAUGUACAAUGGAAACAUGGAAAAGCUGCUGAUGGAAGCCCAGAGGGAGUCACGGUCCACAUCUAGAGGGAGUUCCCAGGGAGGCAGCCCCAAGAGUCCGCACAGUCCCGUAGGCAGCGGAGCUAACAGCGGACCUGGCUCUACUUAUAGUAAUGGAUCAGACAGAUCACAGACUGCUCCAUUGCUACCAGGGACGGGCGCUGGGUUGGCCCAGGGAGCUGCCGAGUGGAUCUGGGACUGGUCAAGUCGACCUGAACCACUCCCACCAAAGGAGUUUCGUUUCAAGCAUCCUGAUCACACUAGGUUGAGCAUCCGAAAGUCUAAGGCCAUGAAGAGCAACUUCUUAUCAACUGAAGUCUUGAGUGUCUUCAUUCCAUCCCUCAUCCUAACCAACCUUCUUACUUUGGGAAUUGGCAUUUACAUCGGGUUACGUGUGAUCUCCCCAAGAUCAAGCUGAGAUGGAUGCAUGGAUUGAUGGUACCCUGUUCGAAUCCAACCAGUGCAGACACUCAUUGAAGGGACUUAUUGCCAGUAUUUUUGGACACGGCAGUGGGCUGCUUCUUUUGGGCCUUGGAUUGCCAAUUGUUUUGGAAAAAAAAAAUUAAUAAAAUCACUUGUUCUUAUCAGACUUCUUUAAAAUGGGUACAGAAGUUAUCACAAGCAUGAAAAUUGUGACAUAACAUGGUAUACGUUGAGUGGUACACUAUCACAAGCAUCCCAAGAUGAUCCCUGAAUGGACUGUUCCAUUUUCGUAGGGUGCAUAAAGGGGCAUAGAAGGGAUAUUUAUUAAGGGUUACCAUAAUUAUGGUAGCAGUAGACCUCUGAAAGUGUUUGUAACAAUUAUUGACCGUAAUGACUGGUAUGAUAACAUAAAAGGUGAUCCCUGAAUGGGCCAUUCCAUUUUUCCAAAGAGAUGAGGGCAAAUAGAAUGGUACAGGGAAUAUAGUUAUAUUGUA